AUGUCUUCAACAAAUCCCCGAAAAAGAGCAGCACCGGGAGUUACGUCGGCUGUUCAGACACCGCAAAUGCAACAACAGACGUACAAUGCAGGUAGCCAGCUACCUAAUGCAGAUUUUUUGCGCUGGAAUCAGAACUCCGAAAAUCAAAAUUACGCGGAUCCAACGUCAGGCUACAAUAUGAACAUUUUUGGAGCGAAUGGUUUGCCGCAGACGACGACGACUGCUUUUGACCAUCCCAUCCCCGCGCCAGUCCAGUCUACACAAUUGGCUCGCAGACCUAAUAUCAAUAACAAUCGCCAACUUGUCGCGCCCCGGGCUUACGAUAGUUCGGCUGAUAGCUGGGGAUCAUUUGGGGACGAUACUAUGAUGGAUACACAGAAUGGGCAUGGACCGACCGGAGAAAAUGAUGAUAUUGAAGCGUUGGAGGAAAAGGCUGCUGUUGCGAAGAGAGAUGCUCAGUCAAAGCGAAAGCAAAUCCCGCCGUUUGUGCAAAAGCUAAGCAGUUUUCUUGACGAAUCGAAGAAUACCGAACUUAUACGAUGGUCUGAUCGAGGCGAUUCAUUUGUGGUUCUGGAUGAGGAUGAGUUUGCGAAAACUUUGAUACCGGAAUUAUUCAAGCAUAACAAUUAUGCCUCAUUCGUUCGACAACUCAACAUGUAUGGGUUUCACAAGAGAGUAGGACUUUCGGACAACUCGAUGAAGGCGAGCGAGAGGAAGAAUAAGAGUCCCAGUGAAUAUUACAACCCUUACUUCAAGCGUGGACAUCCAAAUCUUUUGUGGCUCAUCAAUAAACCAAAGGGCGGUCAAGGAAAGAGAAAGAACAACGGAAGAGUGAAAACAGAGGAUAUGGGAGAUGGAGAUAGUGACGAUGAUGGAAGAGAUAUUGACGAAACUUUUGCACCAAGUAAUUAUACUAAUAAUGCAGCCACAAGUCGAGCGAUAUCAGUUGCACCAGAAUCCGGUCCAUUACAACGUCGAGAAAUGGCAUUGGUACAGAGUCAAAUUUCCGACAUUCAAAAACAGCAAGGUGCCAUUUCACAAGCAAUCACACGCCUGAGGAAGGACCAUAAUCAACUCUAUCAGCAAGCUAUCACAUUCCAGAAUCUUCAUGAACGUCACGAGAGUUCGAUCAACGCUAUUCUUACUUUUCUUGCUACUGUUUACAACAGAAGUUUGGAUGGGCAAGGAGCCGAAAAUAUUACUCGGAUGUUUCAAACUGGGUUAAAUCAACAGGGUCAGCAUCAGCAACAAGGAAAUGUCGUGGAUAUUGGUGACCUUGGAACUCCUCAACAACAGCAACCCCCUGGAAGCGUCAGUCCGGCUUUACGCAAGGCUCAAAAGUUAUUGACGGCAGGACCUACGGAUCGAGAGAGUAGUCGAGUUACCGAAACCUCACCCGCUGCCUCCAGUCCAAGAAAUCAAUAUUCCACUCCACGUUCCGGAACAGUUGAAGAACUUUUCGAAUCUCCCAGCGAUAGCGCGACGAAAACCGAACCACAGAGGGACAUGUUGAAUCUGAUUAAUAACGCCAAUGCACAAACUCAACCUGAUAACAAUGCCAUGGAAUUCCCGGAUAUGCUCACACACUACGAAAACGCAAAUGGCAAUUCCCCACUUACGUCGGAACAACGCAGUAGCAUGCUCAACAUUAUCGCCAGCACUUCUUCAGCACCAGGUUCUAAUAAUGCACUUGUGGGCCCGGCACCUCAAGCUCCAGAUUUGGGACAAAUGGCAUACACGCAAGCUGAGAUUGAUGAUUUGAUGAGAUUACAACAUUUGCAAGGUGAUCGUAUCUCAAGUCUUUCCACGGCUCUUCAACCUCUCAGUCCUUCUGGUUCCAUCCCUGGUGCUCAAGGCGAUUCAUACUUCAACAACGCUGAUUCGAUCGAUCCUCAUAAUUCAAAUAUCGACCUUGAUCAAUUUUUGGAUUCUGGCGCUUUUUAUACGGGGAGUAGUCCUGUCAAUCCAAGUUUUAAUUUUGAUGAUUUUGGAAAUGGGGUAGAUGGGAAUGGAGGUUAUGGAGUUGGGGAAAGUCAUUUUGAUGUGGGUAUGGAGGGGGUGAUUGAUGGGAAUGGAAAUGGAGUUGGAGGUGUAAAUGGAAAUGGAAAUGGAAAUGGGAUGGGUAGGAUUGUAGAGACUGUGGCUAGUAGUGAAGCAGCGAGUCCGGCGGAUGAUGGAAGUGGUUUGACGGAUGGGAAUGGGAAUGGGAAUGGCAUUGGAAAUGGGAAUGGGAAUGGUGGGAAUGAAAAUAGUGCGGGUAAGCGAAGGCGGAAGAUUUGA